CUCGAACGGGUCGACCUGGUGCUGGUGGGCGCCGAGGGCGUCUGUGAAUCAGGUGGCAUCAUCAACAAGAUCGGCACCUACCAGCUGGCCAUCUGCGCAAAGGCGCACAACAAGCCCUUCUACGUGCUGGCAGAGAGCUACAAGUUCAUCCGCCUCUUCCCGCUCAACCAGGCGGACAUUCCCGAGCAGCUCAAGUGGCGCAGUGGAAACACCCGAAGUGCACACCAAGCCGUAGAGAGGAGUAACGUCAGCAGCGUCAGCCUGACCGGCCACGACACCGCCACCCACCCUCUGGUGGACUACACUCCGCCCACCUACAUCACCCUCCUCCUCACCGACCUGGGCACGAAGACGACGGCCGCCGUCUGCGACACACUGCUCGAGCUGUACACCUGA